AUGGCCGGCAACCUACAGGCCGUCCCGGACACCACCAUGGAGUCCGACGACAUGGAAGAAGCCUUCAUGUCGACCCCCCUGCAGCCAGUCACCGACGUCCCCAACCGCAUCGCGCGCCAGAGGACCGCGAACGAAGAUGUGGAGGCCCUGACUGCGACGUUCGGCGGUUUGGACAUCCGCGACGACGCGGCCGGCGCGGGCGCUGGAGCCGAGCCGCCUGGGGGGUUCACGCGUGUCGACGGAACUGGAAUCCCGGUGCCGUUCAGGGUGCCGCAGCCAGUCUCUCUGACGCAGGGUCGAAUGACCACGCAAGCGGAGGACCAGCGCGCCCUCGUCGAGGCCGCCCACGUGGCGUCGACCCACGGCCUCCCCUGCGUGGCCUGCGCGCGGAACGGCCGCGGCGCCUGCAGCUGCACGCCGGCCUCUGCGCUCAUGAGGCUCCCAGAUCCCGUCUUGGCAUUCGUCGACUAUGACUCGGGCGCCGAGCGCGAGCGCGGCGCGGCGGCCACGUGCGGCGACUACCGGUCGUCGCGGUGCCUGUGGGCGAUCGACCUGGCCAAGCGCCGGGUCCGUCCGCAAGGCCUGCGAGAGAUGGCCGUGUUCGCUCUGCUGGACCAGGGGCUCGAGAUUUUAAAGGAGGUCAAUUCGAGGGCCGGCGGAGGCACGCGGCUGUCGGAGCUCCUGGAGCGCGUCGGCGACCUGAAGUACGGCAACCCGCCCGACCUGUCAGUGGGGCUGCGCAGGAUGGACUUUUACCUCCCAUUUUACGGCAAGGACGGAGAGGUGGCCGGCUACGUGUUCAUCGAGGUGGACGAGCACCGGCACCGCACACACACCGUCGCGGAGGAGACGGCGCGGGAGGAGGUGUUCCGCGCUGCGUGCGAACGGCGGGGGUGGCACGCGGUGUUCGUGCGCAUCAACACCGACCUCUUUCGCUCUGGGCCGGGGGGCGAGGGGCUGCCCUACGCCUACCACGUGUCGCUGGGGGAGCUCGCCGCGCACGCCCUGGCGCAGGCUCUGCGCCGCGCGCGCCAGCUGCGCGACCGCGAGGCGGGCCACCACGCCACGGUCGCGGACGUCGAAAUUGGAUUCAACGUCGAUCCGGCGGUGCCGGGCGGGCCCGGCCGCGCCGCGCUGCGGAGCGACCUCAAGACGUGGCGCGCGGACCCGCUCGACGUCAACGGGACGCGCCUCGACGGCGUCGUGGUUGCCCAGGAGUACGUGACCGGGCGGAGGCGGGUGAAGGACAUCAUCGCCGGCGUCGACAGCUUCGCGCUCGGUACCCUCGACAAGUCCUACUACGUCGACGUCAUCGCGGUGCUCAGAAUGGGCGCUGCGGCGCUCGGUGUUGGCACACCCACGGGGCCCGUGAUUCCGCCAGGGGACCUGCAGGCGCCUGCGGCUGGGCCGUCCCAGCCGGGCGCAGCCGCGGCGGAGGAUGUCGCCUCGCACGGCACCGAGGGCCGCUUCGGCGAGACGAAAGCGCUGUACGGCGAGCUUGCGCAACUGGCGGCAAAGCGCUACAGGAAGCCCGGCGUCCAGCGCGGGAGCGCGCUCGUCGUCGCCGUGCAGCUGGAGGAGGGCGCGGACAACGCCGAGCCUGUGUUCUGGGCGUACGUGGCGAUGCACCACGUGGUGGUGCGCUCAGACACCGUCGAAGUGGAGGACACCCUGAGCGACGUGUGGGUUCAGACGUCGCGCGAGGUGGCGAGCGCGCUCCCCGGGGCCGCCGGUGGCUUCAUGUCCGCGGAGAUCUUCCAGGACUACCUGCGGGAGCUCGGUGAGCGUGCGCAAGGCGCCUUCCCGCUCAUCGUCCUCUACGGCACGUCGCCGGGGGACUUUCGGAAGGCGGUGGCGGACGCCUUGCGGUCCAAGCCGUCCAAGCCGUCCGAGCCGUCUCCAUCUGCGUCACCGGUCAAGAAGAUGCCGAAGCACGCCGCGCCCGCGCUGGAUGCCUGGGGCGUCGUGGACCUGCGGCAGGCGUUCCCCCCGGCCCAGGGCGGUGGCGUCCCGGCCGGGUCGCGACCCGCGGGUCUGUGGGCCGUGCUGGGCCCGGCCGCCGUGGUGCCCGCCAGAGUGGGCGACGCACAACGGGCUCUCGAAGCCGCCCAGGCCCGCAGCCGCCCGACGCUGAUCGCCAGCCUGGCGCAGGCCUUGGGCGAUGCGUUCGAGAACGCCCGCGACCCGCGCGACGGCUGGGAGGCCAAGGGCGGCGAGUUCCUGGCCAGCGUCGCGUACGACGCGCACAUGAACGAGCUGGCCGCGCACAAGCAGCGCCUCGACGAAGGCGUCGAGACGGCGGUCUGGAGCGCGGUCCGGCCCCCCGCGGCGCUGGUCACGUUGUACGACGAUUACUACAACGGCCGCCUGACGCAGGAGGAGCGGCUGCUGCGGGCCGAGAAGGCGCAGCGGCCUCUGCUGGAGGCAACGUGGCCCUUGCUGCGCGGCGACCUGCGGCGGGACAGGAACGGUCGCGGCGACCUCGAGGACUGUCGGCUGUUCGGGCGGGUGUCGGGCAACAGGGUGGUGUUCGUCGACGGGGGGGGGGCCUUGCUCGCCCAGGCGCUGUUUUUGAUGCCGGGCGAGGUGCGGAUCGAGGACGAGUCGGGCGUCGAGCGGACGGAGCCCGGCAUGGUGCCGAUGAACGCCGCGAAGCUUGAGGGGGGGUUGUACGAGAGGAAGGUGGCCAUCUCCCUGCGGGGAGCGGACCCGGCGAGGUUCGUCGACGCGUGCCUCGUCGUGCAGCGGUCGGGUGACAAGACCGCAGUCUACCUGCGCUGGACGGCGGCCCUGGCGCGGCGCGUGCGCUGGGCCGACGGGGACGAGGUCAUGCUGGAGUUCGCCGACGACAUCGCCUCGGUCGGCGGCGACGUCGGCGUGUCGCUCCGUCCCAUCGCUGGCUCGUGGCACACGGAGGUAUCGCCUGGUAAGCGGGUGCCCGGGACGUCGUUCGGGAUGCUCGCGGGCGACGCGGUGAUGGCGCUGCACGUGACGGAGGGCGCAGGCGCGGCGAGGCAGCAGGAGAUGGCCCAGGCUGCCUACCGAGAAUUUCAAAGAGACAUCGGGGCAACGCCGGCGCUGGGGAAGCAGCUGCAACAUUCGGAGGAGGCGACGUUCCGACGGUACUGCCCGCUGCUGUUCGUGCCAGUUGAGACUCGUAGGACCUUCGCACAGACGUUCGCACUGCACGUGCCUGCCGGCGCCGACCCGACGUCGGGCUUGGGGCGCGAAGGCGAGGCCGUCGCGAGGCCGUUCCUGGAGGAGACGCUCGGCAAGGUCCGCGCAGAGGGAGCGUACGGGGUCACGCUGGUGCCGGAGGUGGCCGCCGACCCCGAUCAGGGUGCACGUGCAGCUCACGAGGUCGUGCAGAUCCGGGUGGGACGUGGGGCGAGCAAGCGGCUCAACCGGCCUGUGGAGCUCGGCGACUUCGGGCGGACGCUGCGCGAGAACUUGGGCAUGUCCCCAGCAAGUGCCGCGGGGACGUGGUGUGCGCUCGAGGUCCGGGAGCUGACCAACGCGCAGCUCCUCGAUCUCCUCGGGGAGCCAGGCCUGGAGCUGCCCGAGCCGCGCCUCGGAUUGGUCGUGCACGAGGUGCACAAGGGCGAGGGCGAGACGGACGAGGAGUUCGGGAAGCGGCACGAGGCGAAGCUGGAGGAGAUCGAGGUCGAAGUGGGGCGGCUGCACGUCGAGGCGGUGCGGCGGCGGAGCAUGGUCAACCUGCGGAGUGCGGUGUCGCUCGCCGACACGGUAGUCACGCGCGCUGGCUUUGAGGCCGCCCUCGAGGGCGAUCUCGCGCCUUCGGUGGCCUCGGAGCACGCUAGCACGCCGCUGUACCUGCGGCGCGAGCGCGGCGGACUGUACCGCGUGCGCCUCUUCAUCACCCAGAGGGGGGAGUUCGCAACGGGCAUCCUUCCAGUCUGGCUGUUGCGCGUGCUCUUCCCGAACGACGCCAUCGGUUGGGUUGCCAGCGAAGCGCGAGCGGCCACACCGGUGGUGGAGGCAAAGAUCGUCCUUGUCGCUCGCGACGGAACCGGCGGGUACGCGCGCGGCGAGGCGCUGAUCCGCGUGCAUUACGAGUAUCGGAAGAGCAGGCUCGCAGGAUGGGUCAUCGACGUCACCCCCUUGGACGUCGGGCUGCUGAAGCACCUGGGCGCCGCGCUAGACGAGACGCACGACGCCGGGUGGCUCCGCCUCGUGCGCAUGACGGAGGCCGAGUGCCGCGUCGUGUGCGCGGCUCCCGGAUCGGACGCGUUCUCAAAAAACGCGAUCAGGUUGUUGGAACUGAUCAAGUCGCUGUUCUACGACGCCGACACGGCAGGCGGCGGCAGCGCUCCUGGGUCCACUGACGGACGGAUCUUCUCUGGCACGCUCGGGGACGGCUACGGUGCUAAGUCUCUGCCCCAUGUCAGCGUCACCUUCGUCGUCCGCGACGAGGCCGCAGCACCCCGCGCCAUCGGCUGCGGCUACCGCGGCUACGAGGUGCGGUUCCGCAAGGACAACCGGUGGGUGGUGCCGUGCCCCAAAGGCGAUCCGCUCCGGCUCACGUUCUUCGGGCCGCAGGAGCUCCUGGAUGCGCUCGGCAUCCCCGUGCGUGCGACGCGCGAAGGGGCCCCCUCCGUGUUGGGGGGCAUCCGCAUCGUGCGUCAGCUGACGCACGAGGAGGCGUCGUUCGUGUACGGCAUGGAGGACUGGCGGCGCCCCGCCUUCCUCGUGGUGCGGUCCAGGUCCACGACGACCCUGGCAGACGCGGCGGUGCAGGCGGACCCCGACGGGCAGGCGGACCCCGACGGGCAGGCGGACCCCGACGGGCAGGACCGGGCCAGGCUUGCCGCGCAGCUGGGCCCCGCGCUGUUUCCUGGGUCCGGCGGCUUCAAUCUCUUGCACCGGAGCAAGAACGUCGACAUUCUUCCGGAGGACGGCGCCGGGCUGAUCGUCGGCGAACAGCGGCUCCGCGGGCUCCCGGUCGCCAAGGAGGUCUGGCAGCCCAUCCCACCAGCGUGCGAUGCCGUGCCCGCGGACAGCUUCUACGACGCGGUCAUCGCGAGCUAUCCGCGGAGUUGUCCGAGCGCAGUCGAACUGCGAACGCGGGUGGCGAAGGCGGAGAAGGACGCGAUUCCAGACGUGCUGGAGCUGGCGCGCAGGGGGUUCGACCCCCUGACCCAGGCGUGCACGAGCCGCGCGGCCAUCCUGCUGCGGGCCGUGCGGGGCGCGACGGAGGGGGAGUGGCUGGCCCACCUGGACCAGGUACUUCGCUCUCAGUCGCAGGAGGACCACGGCGCCAUGCUCGAGCAACUCCGCCAAGACCUGCAGGCGGAGGCCCGCUGGAUCGGGACGUGCGAAGAUCGGCGGCGGCAGACCCCCGGCGAAACAGCCGGACGCGCGGGCGACGACGACUGGAAGCGCAUGGAGCGGCUGCUGCGCCUGUGGGUGCGAGGCGUGGAAGACGGCGCGUGGGCGAGCGAGCCGGAGCUGGCGUUCGCCGCGUCCGUGCUGGCCGUCAACCUGAGACGACCAGUCAACCUCUUCGCGAUCGACGUCUCCCGGCGGCGCGUGACCGCCGAGGGCGUGAAGCAGACCCAGCUCGCCGUCCGCGGCUGCGGCUGCGGGUUGCAACACGGGACUGCAGUCCCGCCGUCAGCUGACGGCGGCGUGUCUGUCGUGACAGCGUCCCCGGGGAGCCCCGUCACCGACGUCGUCGUCCUGUCCGCGGGCUCGUGGCAGUCCGUCACGAACUGGCGCGGUCGCUUCAUGGGGGCGAAGCCGAAGGGCGAGAAGAUGACUGACUCGACUCGACGCCGCAGGGCGGCUGAAGAGGCGCAGCGCGCCCGGAAGGAGGCGGCGGAUGCCGAGAACGCGAGGCGGAAGGAGAUCACGGCGCAUCGGGUCGACGUCGGUGAGGAGAUGGCUGACGAGGGCGGGGACGAGGGCGGUGUCAGUCACAUGUCACUUGACUGA